GUACUCGUAUACCUACAUAUGCGCCUACAUACCCUCCUUCAGCAUUAAUUCCUAAUUGCGCAAUGCGCGUCCUUCUCAGGCAAUUAACUCACACGCAAGACGCUUCGGGCUCUGCGUAGUUACAGUUCCAUGUCUACUGAAAACUAAAUGUGCUCGUAAUUACCAGGUCAAAGCUCAGUCUGCGGUUAGGCUGCGCCCACCUCCUUGGGGUAUAAGAGCCGCCGAUCAGCACAGAGUGGCAUCAGUAUCUCUUCCCAGUUCCGAGCUACCUGCAGCAGAGAACCAUGAGGCUGAUUGUGGUUCUGGCUGUGACGCUGGCCCUGGCGGCUGCCGCUGAGGACAAGGAGGACCACGACACCGCUCCAUUGGCAGUCAGUGGGGACCAGGAUACAGAGGCCAACAGAUACUAUUCACAGGGAGCCAGCUUCGGACGUGGUUAUCCGGGCCAGUACGGUGGACGUCGAGGUUACUAUGGCAACAGCCGUGGCGGCCGUGGCUUCGGGUACGGUCUGAACGGGUACAACGACUAUGGCUUCGGUAACGGCGCCUACCGCGGCUACGGAAACCGUGGGAUGUACGGCGGCUACGACCGGUCUCCCUACGGCUACGGCAGCCGCGGCUACGGCAGCCGCGGCUACGGCGGUCUCGGCAGGCGCGGUGGAGCCUACGGCGGCUACGGCGGCUACGGCCGGCAGUACGGCGGAUUUGAUGGUUUUGGAGCACGGGGAGGGAGAUACGGCGGCAGAUAUAACGGCGGAUACUUCUGAGCUAUCCCACAGCGAACGUCAGAAGAUCAUGAGAUGUGUUCACUUCAUAGCACAGUGUCAUACAGCAACAAAUGUCUUUGUCUUUAGUUUUACGCGUUUAUAACUUGACGGACGCUUUAUCCUUUUGGCGACUAAUGAUUUCGUGUCUCAUAUUUGUGUGUUGUCAUUUCUCUUUGUUUUUGUGCUGAUAGGAUGUUUGAAGAAUGUCUCUUGACAUAAAUAUACCAACAUACAACAAUG